UUACAGGCCUUUGCACUGAAGCCAAGUGAAGAACCUCAGAAUUGCACUACACACCAUUUAACUCAGCUACAAUUUCGCUAGCAGCAAAGCAUCUGCGCCACCACCGAGACCUCGAGUGCUGUUUUUUUUCCCCUCCCUGCCCAUCUCUCCCUUCUCUGUGCCUGGAAGCCAGUGUUCAGCAGUAGCUCUAACUCACCGUCCGUCCCGCUGGACCACUCCACACCAUGUUUCAGCGUCUCACCAGCCUCUUCUUCAGUGACAGCAACACACCGGCAGGCCUGGAGGAGCCCAAACCCUUUGUCGAGGAGGAGGAGGAGGAGGAUGGCUGGCUCAUAAUUGAUCUUGCAGAGGGGCCCAGCCCCGGCGGCGUGGGGAGCAGCCCCAUGGAGGACCUGCUCAUCGAGCACCCCAGCAUGUCCGUCUACGUCACCAGCACCCUCGAGGUGGAUGGGGAGGGCCCUGAGGAUGAUGCUGCCAGGUGA